AUGGAUCCUCAGCAGGUGUUGCAGAGCACCUUGUCGCCAGGCCCCGCGAUCGCCACGCGUCCAAGAACUUGCCAGCUGACACGCCCUUGUCUGGAUGCGGCCGAGCGUUCCAACGCGGAGCAGCAGCUCGCCCAUGCCGCGGAGGCUGAUUUCGCUGCCUACCUCACCACCCUAGGUCAAGCCCUCGCCAGCGAGGCCAACCCUCCUCAUAUUCGUGUUGCUGCCGGUAUUGCCUUAAAGAACGCCUUCACUUUCCGAGACCAAGCGAAAUUACACGAGGUACAGCAGCGAUGGGCCACACAGAUUGCUCCUGAGAUCAAGGCACAGGUCAAGGAGCUUGCGCUGAAGACCCUUCACUCUGAUACCCGUGUUGGAAACGCUGCGGCCAGUUUGAUCGUUUCCAUCGCUGCGAUUGAGCUGCCCCGCGGCGAAUGGCCUGAUUUGAUGAACAUCCUCGUUCAAAACGUCACCAGCGGUUCUGAUUCCCUCAAACAGUCCUCUCUCACCACUAUUGGUUUCAUCUGCGAGUCGCAAGAUUCCGAUCUUCGCAUGAGCCUGAAUCAACACUCUAAUGCUAUCCUUACCGCCGUUGUCCAGGGUGCUCGCCGCGAAGAGCCAAAUCCGGAGGUUCGAUACGCGGCCAUCAAUGCCCUCAGCGAUGCCGUGGAUUUCGUGCGCUCAAACAUGGAAAACGAGGGCGAGCGAAACUACAUCAUGCAAGUUGUUUGUGAGGCUACCCAGGGUGAUGACAGCCGCAUUCAAGCCGGUGCUUUUGGCUGCCUGAACCGUAUCAUGGGCGCUUACUACGACAAGAUGCGCUUCUACAUGGAGAAGGCUCUCUUUGGCCUGAGCAUCAUGGGAAUGAAGAGCGAAGAAGAGGAGGUUGCCAAGUUAGCGAUCGAAUUCUGGUGCACUGUCUGUGAAGAGGAGAUUGCCAUCCAGGAUGAUAACCAGGAGGCCGAAGAAGCUGGUAUCGAGGGCCGUCCGUACUUUGGAUUCGCUCGCGUAGCCACCCGUGAGGUUGUCCCCGUUCUCCUACAGGUCAUGUGUCGCCAGGACGAGGAUGCGGACGAUAACGAAUACAAUGUGUCGCGUGCCGCAUACCAGGCUUUGCAGCUGUAUGCUCAGUGUGUGACCAAUGAAGUCAUCCCUCCUGUUCUGGCUUUCGUUGAGGAGAACAUUCGCAGUGAGGAUUGGCACCGCCGAGAUGCUGCCGUUGCUGCAUUCGGUGGAAUCAUGGACGGACCCGAUCCCAUUACGCUGGAACCCCUGAUUAAGCAGGCUCUGAACGUCCUCCUUGACAUGAUGCAGGAUCAAUCUGUGCAGGUCCGCGACUCCACUGCCUAUGCUCUGGGCCGUGUUUGUGAAUCCUGCCCUGAGGUCCUGGACCCUGACACGCACCUGCAGCAACUCAUUUCUAGCCUCUUCGGUGGACUCGCUAGCAGCCCCAAGAUUGCCAGCUCGUGUUGCUGGGCCUUGAUGAACGUGGCCGAGCGUUUUGCCGGAGAUGGCGGCUCCCAGACCAACCCUCUGUCCAGACACUUUGAAGAUAGUGUCAAGUCCUUGCUGCAGGUCACCGAGCGACCUGAUGCUGAUAGCCAGCUGCGUACUGCUGGAUAUGAAGUUCUCAACAGCUUUGUGACUAACUCUGCCAUUGACAGUCUGCCCAUGGUCGCUCAUUUAUCUGAUGUAAUCAUCACUCGCCUUGAACAGACUAUCCCCAUGCAGAGCCAGGUCGUGAGUCCUGAGGACAAGAUGACUCUGGAGGAUAUGCAAACCAGCUUGAUUAGUGUUAUCCUUGCUAUUAUUCAGCGAUUCGAGGCCGACAUCAAGCCCACCUCUGACCGCAUCAUGACUAUUCUGCUGAGUGUUCUGGCAAACGUCCCUCGCGGAUCGAAUGUGCCUGAUGUUGUCUUCGCUGCCGUUGGCUCCAUGGCGAAUGCCCUGGAGGAGGACUUCAUCAAGUACAUGGACUCGUUCGCUCCUAUCCUCUACAAGGCACUUGAGAACAAAGAGGCCACUGGCCUUUGCUCCAUGGCGAUCGGACUUGUUAGCGAUCUUGCCCGUGCCUUGAAUGAGAAGGUCCAGCCUUACUGCGACGUGUUCAUGAACCAUUUGCUUAGCAUCCUGGGAACAUCAACCAACCAGCUGAAGCCAGCUAUCCUGGAGACCUUCGGCGACAUUGCUCAGGCUAUUGGUGUUCAGUUCAGUACCUAUCUUCCGGUUGUUGGUCAGGUCCUGCAGCAAGCCUCCUCUGUCACCGGGACCAGUGACCUUCCUUACGACAUGGUUGAAUACAUUCUUUCUUUGCGUGAAGGUAUCAUGGAUGCCUGGGGUGGUAUCCUUCUCUCCUACAAGGGAAAACCUGAGAUCACCCAGCUCCAGCCAUACAUCGAAUCUAUUUUUCACCUGCUUCAUAUCAUCUCUCAAGACUCCACCCGAAGCGAGGGUCUUAUGCGCUCUGCCAUGGGUGUCAUCGGUGACCUUGCCGAUGCCUACCCCAACGGUGAACUCGCGGCUUACUUCCGCAACGAUUGGGUUACCUCUCUGGUUCGUGAGACACGUACUUCCCGGCAGUACUCUCCUCGCACCAUCGAAACUGCUCGCUGGACCCGCGAACAGGUUAAGCGCCAAAUCAACAUGAGUACCGCUAUGGCUUAG